AUGAGUAGUCUCACUGAGUGCCUUCUUCAGCUUCUUUCGGGCAGUCAGUGUACCUUGAAAGACAGUCCUGGGAAGAUCGAGCGCAGGCAGCGCACGCAUAAAAAGCAGUGGGUAAAUUGGGAAGCGCGUCUGCAGCCGCCCCCUACAGCUGCGUGGAGAGGCGGCUUCCCCCGCGGGCCCCCGGGCCCCGCACCCCCGCGCCUGGCCGGCGCCUCAGCCCGCUCGGCGGCGCGCAUGCUCCGUUCGCUCUUCUCCGGCGGCUCGGGAGAAGGCGCGCCGGGCCGAGGGGGCGGGCCGAGCCGCGGCUGCUGGGACCCGAGCUCGGAGGCGGCGGCCCCGGGCGCUCGCGGCGGCGGCGGCUGCUGCGGGGGGGCGGCUGGGGGGGCCGCGGCCUGCACCGUGCACGCCGGAGGGUGGGGUGCUCACGCGUCCGCUCGGUCCCCAAGGCCCUCGGAGCCGCCGCCGCUCUCCACCCGCCGCGGCCGUAGCGGGAGUCAGGGCGGGGGCGAACGAGGCCAGCGGUACAUUCUCACCGGGUUGGGCCGGGCCGCGAACCCAGACAAAGGAGGAGGAGACGCCCGAGGAGCGGGCCAGAGUCGCGGGGCGAGGCGGUCGCCGCCGGGGGUCGCCGCGCUUCCUCCGAGGGCGCUGCGCGAGCGAGGCGAGGGCCGCCGGGCCCGAGGCAGCCUCCCCGGUCCCCGCCCGCCCGCCGCGGCCGGCGCCGCCCCCGAGCCGCCUCGGCUGUCGCCGUGGUCCGGGCGGGAGGCGGCGGCCGCCGGCGAGGCGAGGCGAGGCGAGGCGGCCCAGCCCGCGCCCUGCCUGUCAGGACACCGUCCCGGCCCCGCUCGGCCCGUGGCGGGCCGCCCCCGAUGCGGAGGCAUUGCCGCCGGGGCCAUGCAGCCGGCGCCGCAGCCCUACGACUUCUUCAGCGAAGAGAACAGUCCGAAAUGGCGGGGACUGCUGGUCCCGGCCCUGCGGAAGGUUCAGGAGCAAGUACACCCCAAUCUCUCAGCUAAUGAAGAAUCUCUCUAUUAUAUUGAAGAGUUGAUUUUUCAGCUGCUUAAUAAAUUAUGUAUGGCCCAACCAAGGACUGUUCAAGAUGUGGAGGAACGAGUUCAAAAGACCUUUCCUCAUCCAAUUGAUAAGUGGGCUAUUGCUGAUGCACAAUCUGCCAUAGAGAAACGAAAACGAAGAAAUCCUCUUUUGCUGCCUGUGGACAAAAUCCAUCCUUCAUUGAAGGAAAUUUUAGGGUAUAAAGUGGACUACCAUGUGUCCUUAUAUAUUGUGGCUGUGCUAGAGUAUAUCUCAGCAGAUAUUUUGAAAUUGGCUGGUAAUUAUGUUUUUAAUAUCCGACAUUAUGAAAUAUCUCAACAGGACAUUAAAGUGUCAAUGUGUGCAGAUAAGGUUUUGAUGGACAUGUUUGAUCAAGAUGACAUAGGUUUGAUUUCUCUCUGUGAAGAUGAACCUAGUUCUUCAGGUGAAUUAAACUACUAUGACCUUGUCAGAACUGAAAUUGCAGAAGAAAGACAGUAUCUACGGGAACUAAAUAUGAUCAUAAAAGUAUUCCGAGAAGCCUUUCUUUCUGACAGAAAAUUGUUUAAGCCUUCUGAUAUUGAAAAGAUUUUCAGUAACAUUUCAGAUAUACAUGAAUUGACUGUGAAACUUUUAGGUCUGAUUGAAGACACAGUUGAAAUGACUGAUGAAAGUAGUCCUCAUCCCUUAGCUGGCAGCUGCUUUGAAGAUUUAGCGGAGGUAAGUUUAUAAAGCUACUUUAAAUUCUCAUUAAAGUCCUAAAUGCUGUAUU